AUGCCCACCAAAACCCCCACCCCAUCCGACUUCCCGUCUGAACUCACCGUCACCGUCACACCCGCACCCCCCCCCCCUCCCAGUCCACAUCCCCAGCCCCAAAUAUCCUCCUCCUACUCCACGGUCUCGGCGACACAGCCGCCUCAUUCACAAAAUUCGCCGAAGCCAUUCGCCUCCCCCGAAACAACCAUCGUCACAGUCCAAGGCACAGCCCCACUCCCCUUCGACCUGGGCGGCUUCCACUGGGGCGACGAUGUCUCCUUCGACUCCGCGACCGGCGCACUAGACAUGGACGCCGGCCUAACGCGUAGCACAAGAAUCCUCGUGUCAGACGUCGUACGUGGCACGCUUGUACAGAAAUGCGGGUACGCGCUGCGCGAGAUUAUGGUGCUAGGCUUCGGGCAGGGUGGGAUGGCUGCGCUGGCUAUUGCGCGGGAACUUGGGCUGAAGGGAAGUGGUAAUACUGAUAGUGGUGAGGUCGGUGCUCUUUCUGGGGUUAUCUCUAUCGGGGCGCCAUAUCCUUUGUCGGGAUCUAGGGUUGGGGAUAAGAAUCGGUCGCCGGUGCUGCUCGUGGCUGGGAGGGAUUCGGUGGCUGUUUCGGACGAGGCGGUGCGUAGGACGAAGCAGGUUUUUGAAUUUGUCGAGGUGAGCCGGUAUGCUAGGAAGGGGGAUGGGAUGCCGUCAAAUCGUGAGGAGAUGUUGCCUGUUAUGCAGUUCUUUGCGCGCAGGUUAAGGAGUAGGCAGGGUGUUCCCGAGGGAAGUGUGGAGAUUAGUUGA